AGCCAAUGAGAAGCAAGGCGAGGCGGGCGUAAGGGUGAAGGCGUACCUAGAAGAUGGAUUUCCAGCAGCAUGGAUACCGGGCAACAAAACCCAGAGCCAGAGCAUCUCCACCCAGUGGGGGUCCGCUUCUUUUUGAUGACACCAGUUCUGGGCCCCCACCUAUGAACAACCAGAACUACUAUAGUUCAGGAUAUAAUAUGGCUGAUGUAUCGGCAGGAGGUCAAGAACCUGGAGUGGGCAGCCUCUUUGCUGAUCCAGUGGCCAGUGCUGCUGUGAUGUAUGGCUCAUCACUUGCCAAUCAAGGCAAGGAUAUUGUGAACAAAGAGAUUAACCGAUUCAUGUCGGUGAACAAGCUGAAGUAUUUCUUUGCAGUUGAUACCAAAUAUGUUAUGAAGAAACUGUUGCUUCUCAUGUUCCCAUACACGCAUCAGGACUGGGAAGUACGUUACCACAGAGACACUCCCACACCACGCCACGAUGUCAAUGCUCCAGAUCUCUACAUACCCACAAUGGCUUUUGUCACUUACAUUUUACUGGCUGGAAUGGCUUUAGGAAUCCAGAAACGGUUCAGUCCAGAGGUUCUAGGUUUGUGUGCAAGCACAGCUCUGGUUUGGAUCAUCAUUGAAGUUCUUGUUAUGUUGCUCAGUCUUUACUUGCUCACAGUUCACACAGACCUCUCAACGUUUGACCUUGUUGCUUACAGUGGAUACAAAUAUGUGGGGAUGAUUUUCACAGUGUUGAGUGGACUGCUCUUUGGCAGUGACGGCUACUUUGUUGCUCUUGCUUGGUCUUCUUGUGCCCUCAUGUUUUUUAUUGUUCGUUCUCUAAAAAUGAAGAUCCUGUCUUCAUUCUCAGGAGACUCAAUGGGUGCCGGAGCGAGUGCCAAGCCCCGCUUUCGCUUGUACAUAACCCUGGCAUCAGCUGCCUUUCAGCCAAUCAUCAUUUACUGGCUCACUGCUCAUUUGGUCAGAUGACCCACAGUAUUUAUACUAUGAAGGAACUUUAAAAUGACAAUGCUGGACUGGGAUGGUUUCAAAUUUUGGUAUUGUUACAGAAAAGUGGCUUACCAUGGUUGUUGUUUUUUUUCACGGAGGAUUUGUGUGGUCUGAUCUUCAAUAUUGGCUUCAUCAGCAUUGUCAUCUGCAGAGCAAUUGUUGAAAAUAUAAUUUAAUAUUUUUUACAGGAUUAUGUUCUUCUGCCGUUGUUUUGACAAUGGGAAAAUAACCGUUUGACUGCUCUUGUGUCUUCGCCAUGCUGCUUUGGUUUCACAAAAUCCAGAUUUCAUUUUAAGAGGCAUGCUGAUUUAUCUGCCCUGUGCUGUGAUUCUUGUGUGAUGUGCAAUUGGUGAACACAUGGUCAACUCAAGUGUCCUUUCUUUAUCUGGUUUUCUGUGCAUGAACAGCAGUGUUUUCUUCUUUAUAGCAAAAUAAAUCCCAUGAUUUAGACUUUUAA